AUGAUUGAGCUGUUUUUAAACAAAAUUCACAUUCUAGGUGACAUCGAAACUAGACAUUACUUUGGACCAGAAGACCAAGGAAUUUCCUUUGAAAUGUUAAAAUGGGAGCCAAAAUUGAAAAGAAGUUUAUGUUUAACGUACAAAAAUAAGUGUAACAAGUCGAUUGCUACUAUGAAUCUUGUUUACGUGGCUUUAUUAGUUCAUACAGUUCGAUGUGUAGAUAUUCAAUUUAAAGUAAACUCCUUCGAUAUCAAAUUGGAAACACAGAAAAGAGAAUACAAAUUUCGCGCAUUAACGACGAUGGCAUACGGGCAGCACAGCAAUCAGACCAAUGUUACAGCCGAGAAAAUAUUAAGAAACACUGAGAAAAGCAACAAAACCAAUGAGGAUCUGGAGUGUACCUCCCAGGACUCUGAGAAUAAACAAGUGGAGGCCGUGCUCAGUGACAUGAUGAACCAACUAACCUUGGUAAAAUUAAAAAAAUAUAUUUAG